CAGCAGGUCUUCCAAAUUCUUAAGGGAAAUAACCCGUGGGCUGGAGAAGUGGCUUUCUUUUGUUCUUUAAAACUCUACUUGGAUUUGGUUGAGGAGCUUUUCAUAAUCCUUGUUUCCCUUUCCCUGAUUGUGUUGUUAAUAAUGCCAGAGAAGUGUUUGUUAACAUACUAGUCCAAACCCAGUGCCCCUGAAGUAACAGCCUCGCCUUGCUUGUGCUGGCACUUAAGGCAAGAUAUCUCCUCUGCUUUCCCUAGAAUUGGUGUGGAUGGUUAAGUCCUUCACUUGGAAACCUGCUGCCUUCUGCUUCACCUUGGUGUGCUACACCUUCACUGGUGCUGUGGUUUGGGGGGUUCAGGUGCAUGCAGCCGGUUUGAGGAGGAUGUCAGUUAUCUGUGGCCUUCUUCCCUGCUCCCUUCUCCCAGAAGUACAGAAAAUAUUAGAAGAACUUUGUUGUAGUUCUGUUUCUGGUUACUGAGAAAUGGCUUAUUUUCUUUCCUGCUUUUCUGGAGGAUUUGCAAGUUGGUAUUGGGAUAAGAAUAUCAUUGUUCCUUUGGGCAUAUCCCCUCGGUUUCACCUCUCUCAAGUUUUAGUGGUAAUCCUUGGGAAUGAAGCAAUGGAAGAAGCAUCUUGUUAUAGUAAAAAGCUUUUUAAUAGUAAGCAACUUGCUCAAUAAGUUCCCAUGUAUGAAGACUGAAGAUGGACAAAUUUUAACUAGACUAAAAUGCAGUUUGUAAAAGAAUCUAACUUUAUGUAUUUCUUUUAGUUCUCUAACUAUUGCAUUCUUUCAUAUGAAUUUAGGGGUUUUUUUUCCUGAAAUGGUCAGAGCAGUGAAUUAAGUGCAGUAGCUCAGAAUAAUAACUUUUAAUAAUGUCUUACAGCCUUAAAUAUAAUUAGGUUACCAUCCAGUGUGACUAACAGCUAGCAAUAAGCUAAAAUGACAGAACUUAGGUUGUACUUGGGAAGUCCAUUAAAAAUUUGUUUAUAUUCCCAUAAAAUCUACAAAAAAUUUCAGUGUUUGUAGCCCCAGACAGUGUAAGUGCGUACCUUUUCAGGGGAUUGCACAUACAUAAAGUAAUGUCUACACCUGAAAUGAAACCUUACUUCUGAUCUCAUUUCUUGCAGAAUCUGCAGCAAUCGAGGAGUCACUCUGUGUUCAAGUUCAGAAGUGCUUUACACAUGAAAUCUACUGGCUCUGUAGCUGAUUCUGCCCUGUCACCAUCUCAACAGAAUUGGAUUUACAGUCAUGGAGGAACAUCAGCAGCACUUACACUGUGUGAACUGCGUCAGCCGUCGUUGUAUGACCAGACCAGAGCCCGGCAUUUCCUGUGAUCUCAUUGGCUGCCCCUUGGUUUGUGGGGCAGUUUUUCACUCGUGCAAAGCUGAGGAACAUCGCAUGCUAUGUCCACUUGAAAGAGUGCCUUGUUUGAAUAGUGGCUUUGGAUGUCCAUUCAUAGUAGCCCGAAACAAAAUUGCUGAUCAUCUAGAAGUUUGUCCUGCAAGCGUGGUGUGUUGUACCAUGGAGUGGAAUAGAUGGCCAGUCAGUUACGCUGACCGAAAAUCUUACGAAAACCUGAGUAAAGAUGUCGAUGAAGUGGAGCAGCUAGAUAUGGCUUUAGCUCUUCAAGACCAGCGCAUGUUAUUAGAAUCACUUAAAGUAGCAACUAUGAUGUCAAAAGCAGGUGAUCAAAUAGCAGAAUCCAGAGAGCAAACCUCUGUCAAAUCAAGUGCCCCCGAUACAGUGCAUACCAACGGUUUGAUGCCUGUAGAUGAAGAGUCCUAUGGUGCACUUUAUCAAGCUACUGUAGAAACAACGAGAAGUUUAGCUGCUGCUCUGGAUAUCCUGAACACUGCUACAAGGGACAUUGGCAUGUUAAGUUCAAACCUCUGCAUUUCACCACAUGAAAUGAAAGAAGAUCCCAAGAUUAAAGAACAAGCUUCUAGUGGCAUUAUUCAGGAUAAAAAGUCUGACUCUGAAAAUCCAGAUGAAGAUAAUGUAGGAGCAGUUGGGGGAAUUAACUUUGAUAGCCUGAGUCAAAAUUCACAAAUGGAGCAAAAUGGUUCUUGUGAUAUUUGUUAUGAUGUAGUGCAAAACCAUGAUUUAAAUCUAAACCUCAGUAACUCCUCACUUUUGUGUAAUGGUUUUCAUGUAGAAAAUGUAGAAAAUGAAUGUUCAAAGGUGUUGGACCACAGUGAAGAUCUUGGUGUAUCUAACUCAAAACCGUCCAGUGUAGCAAAUGGUGAAUGUACUGCAUCUCAUGAUGACGAAGCAUUAGAGUCUUGCAGCUCCUGCCCUGUAACCGCACAAGUUGAAGUAAUACCAGCUGAUCAUUUAGUUAAUGGCAAUGCUAAUCAUGUGCUACUUCCCCAUAAUGCUAAUGAAGAAGAAAUAUUAGAGAGACAAGUGGAGCAAGAAAGAUUGAGAAACAUAGAUGCGUUUUCACUUUUACGGCAUCGAUCGUACAGAUUCCUUGUUAACCAUUAUUGGUCAACACCAAAAGAAGACAAAGCUGUUGAUACAUCAGAUUUGGAGAUAACAGAAGAUCCUAUGGGUCUUCAGGGAAUUGAUCUAAUCACUGCAGCUCUGUUGUUUUGCCUAGGAGAUUCUCCCGGAGGUAGGGGGAUAUCGGAAAGUCGCGCUGUCGAUGUAUAUCACGUUGACUUUGGGACCCAGACGUUUUCUCUCCCAUCUGCUAUAUUGGCCACAAAUACAAUGGUGGGGGAAAUAGCUUCAGCUUCUGCAUGUGAUCAUGCCAACCCACAGCUCUCAAAUCCAAGUCCAUUCCAGACCCUUGGAUUGGAUUUGGUAUUGGAAUAUGUGGCUAGAUACCAAACAAAACAGCGUUCAAUGUUUACAUUUGUUUGUGGACAGUUGUUUAGAAGGAAUGAAUUUUCGUCGCAUUUUAAGAAUGUGCAUGGAGACAUUCAUGCUGGCCUUAAUGGCUGGAUGGAGCAGAGGUGCCCUUUGGCAUAUUAUGGGUGCACGUAUUCUCAACGAAGGUUUUGCCCUUCAACGCAAGGGGCAAAAAUUAUUCAUGACCGCCACUUACGGUCAUUUGGAGUUCAGCCUUGCAUAUCCACAGUAUUAGUAGAACCAGCAAAAAGCUGCUUAAUUGGACUACACAAUGACCAUCUGAGUAGUCUACCUUUUGAGGUGCUGCAGCACAUUGCUAGUUUUCUAGAUGGCUUUAGUUUAUGUCAGCUCUCAAGAGUGUCACGUUUAAUGAGAGAUGUGUGUGGGAGCUUGCUUCAAGCACGUGGAAUGGUGAUACUGCUUUGGGAGAAGAGAAAGUGCCCAGAAGGAAGUUCUUGGCAGGUAAAAGAAAAGGUCUGGCGCUUCAGUACAGCCUUUUGUACUGUGAAUGAGUGGAAGUUUGCUGACAUUGUGAGCAUGGCUGACCACUUGAAGAAGUGUAGCUACAACGCCGUGGAGAGGAGAGAGGAGGCCGUGCCGCUGCCAUGCAUGUGUGUGACGCGAGAGCUCACCAAGGAGGGACGCUCGCUGCGCUCUGUUUUGAAGCCAGUACUUUAAGCACUGCAGCCACUCCAAUUGCACAUACACUCAAGCACCUGAUAUAACCUCGGUAAUAUUACGAGACACUUUAUUAAUGUACUAAAGAUACUUUCUAGCUAAAUCUACUCUGUCACUGUGUAUAUAAGGUUUGAAGUGACAUUUAUUUUUUAUAACACUGUUUAGCUGGAAAGUAAUGAAAGUUGCCUUAACGUUUGAAAAAUUCGGAACUUGCUGGACAGGGUAGUUUUAUCUAACUUAUGUAAUUUAAGAACAAAAUCCUAAGGUGUGUUUUCUGAUUCACUGGUGCCCAUGUAGCUGUUGACUGAAUACAUUUCAAAAAUGGCCUCUAAAUGGUAUCCACAUUUGGAUAGGAAACACUGAAUUGUAGUGAGAGAAAAGUCCUCUCCAAAUCCUGUACCUUCUGUGUCUGGUCUUUUUUUUUUUUUUAACAAAUUAUGAUCCAAAUAUAUGAAAGAUAAGGAAGAAUUCAAAACUUUAUAAUAGAUGUCUCAAACACAGCUUUUAAGCACAUUUUUUCUCAUUAAAUUGGUGUUCUAAUGCUCUUCCUAGUUAACAGGUGAUCUAGGAUCAGCUUUUUUUUUAAAGAAAGGUUUUAAAGGUUUUUUAGGAAUGAUGUAAGUGAACUCAGAUUUACAGCAGCUUAAUUAUUAGUACAACUUGGUUUUGACAUGUCAACAAUUGCUAUUUCUUCUUCUGAACUCUUAACAAGUUGUUUUACUUCUGGGAGCAAAACUUUUAGAGCUAAAACCAUGGAAUACUAGUUUUUACUCUCACACCUACAAUGAUAUCAAUGUCAAAUGUUCAGAAAAUUUUUCCUUGUCCUGCAGUUGGCUGAGGGUUAAAUUGCUUGAGCUGUCAGAAAUUCAAAGUAUGUGAUGAACAGUUAUGAAUUUAUAGUGCAGCUAAUGAAAGGGCUUUACUUGUUCUGUGGUAUUGUGACAUGUAUUGUCUCCUUUUCUGUUAAUUUGUCUAUAAAAAUGCUGCUUUUAUAAGGAGCAUUUUAAAUUACUGGUAUGUAUAGCAAAUGUAUCAUCUUCAUAAGAUGAGACAUGAUUUGUUAAUUGUGUAAGGCAUAUCAGAAAUGUUAUGUUAAUCCACAUUUGUUAAACCAAUAAGUCAAAUUUGCUUCCCGUCUUCCAUAAGAAAAGAUCUUACAAAGUGUUUGUGAACAGAGAGUACACGCUAUGAAAAAUGGCCUGGUAUAUCAAAACUUUAAUAACUUGAACUGACUUUCCAACUUGUUUGUAUUACUGUCGGUGUCUCUAGCCUGUUGCACUUAGCAACUGUGCCACAAAACUAAAACAGAAACAGACCAGAGCUCGGAACAAUGAAAUACAGUGUGUAUUUCCAUUAUAGGAGAAAAAAAAAAAAAAAAGAGAUUAGUAAGGAGAAGAUGUUUACAAAAAUGGCUAAAUUUAUUACUUGCAAU